ACACUAAAUAAAUAACAAGGAAGAAAACCUGAAUCUUCUUGGACCCAGAUCUCAGCUCCAGAAAUCAAGGAUUUUCUUUGAAUCAUGGAUUUUAGCUAAAUAAAUCAUAAAUCUUCAUAAAUGGAUCAAGUUGCUCCUCCUCCGAUUCUCAUGCACCGCAAGCGCGAUCUCUCCUACGCCGUCGUUUCGCCUGCUCCCAACCCGAGCUGGAGCUGGGACUGGGACAGCGUGCGUUUCGCCGGCAAACCACCGCCACCACUCUCCUCCCCAAACGACGACGUCGUUUUUGAGGAGAGUGUUGCGCCGCCUCUGCAGUUAAACCUCGGGGGAAGGACGAACAACAGCAACAGCAACAAGAGAGUUAGGUCAGGGUCCCCCGGAACGUCGUCGUAUCCGAUGUGCCAGGUGGACAACUGCAGAGAGGAUCUGUCGAAGGCGAAGGACUAUCACCGGAGACACAAGGUGUGUGAGGCUCAUAGCAAGGCCUCCAAAGCGCUUCUCGCGAAUCAAAUGCAAAGAUUCUGCCAGCAGUGUAGCAGGUUUCAUCCUCUCUCGGAGUUUGAUGAGGGGAAGCGGAGCUGCCGCCGGAGACUCGCCGGACACAACCGGCGCCGGCGGAAGACGCAGCCCGAGGAUGUUACCUCGGCGACUCCCGCGCCAGCCGCCGCCGCGAAUUUGGAAAUCUUCGACUUGUUGACUGCCAUAGCUGGAGCUUCGCAGGGAAAAUUUGAGGAAAAAAGGUCACAAGUACCGGUUAGAGAGCAGCUUGUUCAGAUUCUCAACAGGAUACCUUUGCCUGCAGAUCUUGCAACCAAGUUGCUGGAUGCUGGCAGUGGCAAUGUUAAUGGGAAAAAAGAUCAAGUGCAAUUGCAGACACCAUCCUCCUAUCAACGUCACGAGUCUCAUGACCAACUGAACCACACCCCGGCUGCCCCAUUAACUAUGGACUUGCUUGCUGUUCUUUCCACCACUCUUUCUGGGGGGUCUGCCCCUGAUGCCAGUGCGUCGCCCUCUCAAAACCACAGCUGCAACAGUGAUGGUGGCAGUGCUGACCAGACGAGACAACAGCAAUUCUUUUCGGUUGGUGGGGAAAGAAGCAGUAGCAGUUCCCGGUCUCCGGUUGAAGAUUCAGACUGUCAGGAGGAUGUUCGUGUUAAUUUACCACUGCAACUCUUUAGCUCCUCACCGGAAGAUGACAGCCUGCCUAAACUAGCAUCUUCUAGAAAGUAUUUCUCGUCUGACAGUAGUAACCCUGCUGAAGAGAGGUCCCCAUCGUCUUCUCCUGUUGUGGAGAUGCUGUUUGAUUUGCAGGGUGGGGCUAGAGGUCUCAAGCCAGAGAGCAUAUCCUCUGGAAGAGAAGUUAUUGCUAAUAAGGAAGCUAGCCAAAGUCAUAGUUCUAAUAUCUCUCUUGAUUUGUUUAAAGGGUCAAAUAACAGGAUCCAACAACCUAGUUCACUUCAAAGUGUUCCAUUUCAAGCUGGGUAUACAUCUUCGGGCUCUGAUCAUUCACCUCCCAGUUUGAAUUCAGAUGCUCAGGAUCGCACUGGGAGAAUAAUGUUUAAACUAUUUGACAAGCAUCCCAGCCAUUUCCCAGGAACACUGAGAGCACAGAUUUACAAUUGGCUAUCUAAUAGGCCAUCAGACAUGGAGAGCUACAUACGGCCUGGUUGUGUGGUCCUAUCAAUUUAUGCUUCAAUGUCUUCUGCUGACUGGGAGAAACUAGAAGAAAACUUCCUUCAACAUGUUCAUUCUUUAAUUCAAAAUUCAGAUUCCGAUUUUUGGAGAAAUGGAAGGUUUCUAGUUCAUUCUGGCAGUCAGUUUGUUUCACACAAAGAUGGGAAGAUACGCAUAUGCAAACCAUGGAGAACAUGGAAGUCACCAGAGUUGAUAUCUGUGUCCCCUUUGGCAAUUGUUAGUGGACAGGAAACCUCUAUUUCAUUGAAGGGUAGAAACCUGUCAACUCCAGGCACAAAGAUUCACUGUACAGGUACCGGCUCUUACGCAUCGGCAGAAGUAAUAGGAUCUGCAUAUUCUGGUGUGAUGUAUGAUAAGAUAAAGUUGAGUGCUUUUAAAGUUCAGGAUGUAUCGCAUGGUGUUCUGGGUCGCUGUUUUAUUGAGGUUGAAAAUGGUUUCAAGGGCAACAGUUUUCCAGUGAUAAUAGCUGAUGAGACCAUUUGCAAGGAAUUGAGACCACUUGAGUCUGAAUUUGACGAGGAGGAAAAAAUAUGUGAUGCCAUUUCAGAGGAGCAUGAACAUCAUUUUGGAAGGCCAAGAUCAAGGGAGGAGGCUUUGCAUUUCUUGAAUGAGCUUGGCUGGCUGUUCCAAAGAGAAAGAUUCUCAUAUGUGCAUGAGGUUCCAUAUUAUUCGCUUGACAGGUUCAAAUUUGUACUCACAUUUGCUGUGGAAAGAAACUGUUGCAUGCUAGUCAAAACCCUUCUGGAUGUGCUGGUUGGUAAACACUUGCAAGGGGAAUGGUUGUCAACAGGGUCAGUGGAGAUGUUGAAUGCAAUCCAACUCUUAAAUAGAGCAGUGAAAGGAAAGUACGUUGGCAUGGUUGAUUUGCUCAUCCACUAUUCUAUACCAAGCAACAAUGGUACAUCCAGGAAAUACGUAUUUCCACCGAAUCUUGAGGGUCCUGGUGGUAUUACACCCUUGCACUUGGCAGCAUGCACAUCUGGUUCUGAGAGUGUCGUUGACUCUUUAACAAGUGACCCACAGGAGAUUGGGUUGAAGUGUUGGGAAUCCCUUGUGGAUGCAAACGGACAGACUCCACAUGCCUAUGCCAUGAUGAGGAAUAAUGACUCAUAUAAUGCGCUGGUUGCCCAUAAACUUGCUGAUAGACGAAGGGGUGAAAUUUCGGUAACAAUUGAGAAUGCGAUAGAGCAACAGUCACUGAGAGUGGAGCUUAAAGAAAAGCAAAGUAACUUAGUCAAACGUGGUCAGAGUUCUUGUGCCAAGUGUGCGAAUGCAGAAUUUCGCUUCAACAGAAGAGUUCCAGGUUCACACGGUUUGCUUCACCGCCCCUUUAUUUAUUCAAUGCUAGCUGUUGCAGCUGUUUGUGUAUGUGUUUGCGUGUUCUUCCGUGGACGCCCUUUUGUUGGCUCAGUUGCUCCCUUCAGUUGGGAAAAUCUGGAUUAUGGCACAAUGUAAUACUAUUGGAUUAGGAGAGAUUCGCAUUUUGGAUAAAGAUAAUGGAAGGCAUUAACCAGGCGGGAAACCCAAUUGUUGCUUUUUUUACCAUUACAUGGCAAAACUGCUUCUGUGGGAAAAUGGGGCAUUUUGUCACAAGAGCCCUAUGUAAACAUAUCAUGUGGUGAUAUAGAGUUGUGGAGAUGUUUGGCAGAUCCGGGGGAAACAACAAAGUAUGGCUGCCUUGUGUAUAGAGAUUCUGACUUGAAUGCUGCAUAUUUUCUUUAAUUCCGGAGUUUAAGGAUAUAACAAGCUAUACCUGAAUGUUUAUCGAUUGGUGUUGGAAGUUCUGAGUUUAAUGUUUCAGCUUUUUUGGCCAGAUUAAACUUGACAUCCCAAUAUAAGUUGGAAUGGAAGGGUGAAUUGUGGCCACAAACACAAACAAUUAUGAAAGCAGUAAGCAUUCGGAAUAAAGAGAACUGUGGUGAGUAAAUGUUGGUUAUUUUUGGUGAAGGUCAAUACUUGGGCUCGUUGCCUCCUUCCCAACACGAUAAACCAAUAAAAGUUCCAUGCUUUAUUUUUCCCUUUAAUUGUUAUGUUAUUUUAUUUAAGUCAAAAUUACAAGUCCAAGGUGUUCUGAUGCAUAAGUUUUCGACACUGUAAAGUUUGAUGUGAGGUGACUGAUCAUACAUAGGGUUGACCAUAUUAUUAUAUGAUUAAAAAGUGUAAUAUAUUUCAAGUUAUAUCUAAUUUAAUUCACGUUCCAGAUUCGUUUUCUGUUU